AUGAAAAUCGCCGGUUGUUUGUUGAGUUUGUUCGGUCUCGCCCUAGCAGAGCAGGCUUACUGGGAUGAUAAUCCUGGAUUUUUGAAGAGAUCGCAUUCCCUCAUCCCUCCCCACUCUGGAAACCUACCUCUUUGGGAGCUAAAAGGCGAUACAAUGGCUACUUCUGAAUACAUCCGACUCACUCCUGAUCAGCAGUCGAAAACUGGCGGUCUCUGGAGCCGAGUGCCAAUUACGUUUCCCUGGUGGGAGCUGCAGCUUGCAUACAAAAUUCACGGUCAAGGCAAGUCGAUUGCCGCUGAUGGGCUUGGAAUGUUCAUCAUCAAAGAGAGAGGCCAAUUCGGUUCAGCACUCGGCGGGCCGAGCACUUUUACUGGCUUCGCGGCGCUGAUGGAUUCUUACAAAAACGGAGGACAAACUGGAAACUUCCCACAGAUUUCUGGUUUUGUGAACGACGGAAGCUGGAGCUUCAAUCACGACAACGACGGUGCUGAUCAAAAUAUUGGAAAGUGUCUUUCCGGCCACAGAAAUAAGAAAGACAACAGUUUACUGCGAGUCAGAUACAUCGACGACAAAUUAACCGUCAAAGUCGAUCCAGACGGAAGCGGCGACUUCAAGAAAACCUGCUUCGAACUUGACGGGGUAAAACUUCCGACCGGCCUCUACGUUGGCUUCACAAGUGCUACUGGAGAUUUGACAGACAAUCACGACGUUGUUUCGUUUAAAAUUUGGCAGCUGGAUUCAAAGACUGAUGCUGGACAGAGACACGAUAUGAAACCUGAAGUGCUCAAUCUUGCGCCGAAAGAAGCUGUCAAAGACAAAUCAUCCUCCGGUGGAGGCUGGGGCUUCAUCACAUUCCUCCUGAUCCUGGUUAUCGGUGGCGGAGUUGGCUUCUACUACUACCAAGAACGAGAAAAAGCAUCUGCCAAGCGCUUUUAUUAA